AUGAUUUCAACAAUAGGUUCUACAACACUUCAAGCCGCGAACGGCGGGACUCUGUCCACAACAACUUCACCAAACUCUUUAGUUAUGAAUCCUACGUCAAUGUUAGUAGAGAUGAAAAACUUCAUUCCUUCUUCAUUUACUUUCGAAACAGAAAUACAAAGAAUUAAGCAAGAACUUUUAACAUCUAAUUUAAACUGUAGUGCGAAAGAUGAAACAAAUGAACAGUAUCUUUAUGAAAUGCAGGACAUUAUUGACCAUUUACCCAAAUUGCCUGAAAUUCAGCAACAAAAACUCACUAUUCCUGAAUUCGAUGAAAUAGAAGUGAAACCAACUGACUCAGUAGAAAUAAAGAAGUUCAUACGAAAGGUAAACUAUGAGUUUCUAGGAUAUCAUUGCAACCAUAAAGUUAUGGACAAAGAUUGCGACAUGGUAUAUAAGAACAUCUCUGACAUAUAUAAAUCUGGGGAGUUUAAGGCAUUCGACAACUUUGUUUCAUUAGUUGCUGAAUGUGUAUGGCAGAUAAGAGAUAAAGAUAAAAGAUGUAAAAUAUGGAAUGGACAAAUAAAACCAACAGCUUUUGAGUUAAAGAAAACCAUUGACGCUUUAGUUGUUUUAGCAGGUAAGGUUUCAGAAUAUAACGCAAAAAUGAAUCCGCAAUGUUCUAAAUGUAAAGCAGCAAUGAGAAAAUAUAACUACUCCGUCAAAGAGAUAGAAAGAAUGCGAAACGACUAUGCUGACUUAAAGAAAGAAAUGACAAACAUUGAGUUUGAAACAGUUGGAAAGAUAGACAAUGACACCAAAGUGGUUAGAAUAGGUGAUUUAAAC